UGCAUAUAAAUAAUGCCAAAAAAGGAGAGAAAGUUAACGUAAGGGAAGGAGAGGGGCUAUGACUCUGUAAGAAAACACUGAGAACAGAAGCAUUGAAGAACAAAUCCAGAGAAGUAGAAGGAUAGACUUUUAUAGACCGUAGAAGUAGUAGCAGCACUAGCACUCGUAGACAAAUAACUUAAGAAAAGCAAGGGGAAGUUUUUUUUGGAGUUUUGUUCCCGGCACAUUAAAUUCAUCAAAUCCCUUUCAAAGCUUUAUUGGGUCAUAGAGCUUUUAUUCGUGGGAAGUUGUUUUGUGCCUGUGUGCAGAGAGAGGAACAUAACAAAGGCAAAGAGAAUGGAGGUGGGUCAGAUGCAGGGAAGGUUGGUGGACUACACAAAAUCCUUGUUUAUGGAGGGUUUCUUGGAUGGUCAGUUUUUACAGCUUCAGCAGCUUCAGGAUGAGAGCAACCCAGAUUUUGUUGUUGAAGUUGUUUCUCUCUUCUUUGAUGAUUCUGAAAAACUUCUCAAUGAUCUCACCAUGGCUUUAGAUCAGAAAAAUGUAGACUUCAAAAAAGUUGAUGCUCAUGUUCAUCAGUUGAAGGGUAGCAGCUCCAGCAUUGGUGCACAGAGAGUUAAAAAUGCUUGCAUUGCUUUCCGCAACUUCUGUGAGGAGCAGAACAUUGAGGCGUGCCUUGGAUGUCUUCAACAAGUGAAACAAGAGUAUUACCUUGUGAAGAACAAGCUUGAAACUCUGUUCAGGCUAGAGCGACAGAUUGUGGCUGCUGGUGGGUCAAUUCCUUUGAUGGAAAUGGGUUUUUAAGGCCAUCAUCAACAUAAAGGGGAAAGCAAGAUUUUUGGGGGUGGUUUAUAACAGUAGCACAUAUGGUUUUUGUGAUAUCUAUUCCAUUCUGUCACUUACUAUAAGGUUCUCUUUCUUCUUGAACAGUGAGCUUGUGCUUGUAUGACUUUAAUGAAAGAAGAGAUUUCCUGCUA